GUAGGCGCAGCAGCAGAUUCAGUCUGACUUCAUCCGCUCGGCUCAGGAAGAGAAAUCAGCCAUCUCUCAGUCAGAUCCCUGCAAACACCACAGCAUCCAAAUCCAGAUAUCACAUUAAGCUUCGGGGGGAAUCCUGCGAUCUACGGGAACAGGGGGAUGGUCGGUCUUGCACUGUAGGAAGAUCGCCGUGUCCACCUGACACAUGAGGACGUCUCAUUGUACGGGGGUCAUGAGGGCUGUGCUUUAGUAAGAUAUCAAAGGGUUCUGGUAAUGUGCCAUGGGGUACGACGUCACCAGGUUCCAAGGAGAGGUGGACGAGGAUCUGUUAUGUCCCAUCUGCAGCGGGGUGCUGGAGGAGCCAGUGCAGGCCCCGCACUGUGAGCAUGCCUUCUGUAACGCCUGCAUCACGCAGUGGUUUGCGCAGCAGCAGAUCUGCCCUGUGGACCGCACCGUGGUGACUCUCGCACACCUUCGCCCCGUCCCCCGCAUCAUGCGCAACAUGCUCUCCAAGCUGCAGAUCUCAUGUGAUAACGCCGGCUUCGGCUGCACGGCCACCCUUCGCCUCGACCAGCUGCAGUCGCACCUCAAAGACUGCGAGCACAACCCCAAACGGCCUGUCACGUGUGAGGAAGGCUGCGGGCUAGAAAUGCCCAAAGAUGAGAUGCCCAAUCAUAACUGUAUUAAGCACCUUCGCAGUGUGGUGCAGCAACAGCAGACCAAAAUUGCAGAUCUGGAGAAAACUGCAGCGGAACACAAGCACCAACUUGCAGAACAGAAACGUGACAUCCAGCUCCUGAAAGCGUACAUGCGAGCAAUACGCAGCGCUAACCCAAAUUUACAGAACCUGGAGGAGAGCAUAGAGUACAAUGAGAUCCUUGAGUGGGUGAAUUCUCUGCAGCCCGCACGCGUGACCCGCUGGGGAGGAAUGAUCUCCACACCUGACGCCGUCCUGCAGGCUGUCAUCAAGCGCUCGCUAAUCGACAGUGGAUGUCCGCUGUCCAUCGUCAACGACCUCAUCGAAAACGCCCAUGAGCGGAACUGGCCUCAAGGUUUGGCCACGCUGGAGACGCGGCAGAUGAACCGUCGUUACUAUGAAAACUAUGUAGCCAAACGCAUCCCGGGGAAACAAGCGGUGGUGGUGAUGGCCUGCGAGAACCAGCACAUGGGGGAAGAUAUGAUUCUGGAGCCAGGUUUGGUUAUGAUCUUCGCUCAUGGCGUGGAGGAGAUCUUAUAGUCUGUACAUAGGUGGGUGCCAAUAAUGACAAGGGGUUUACAGAGACUGAACGAAUCCCCCCUUCUUAAAAAAAAGAUCAAUUUAUUCCACUAAAAAUAUCAAAACCUCUUCGACAGUCGUUACCUCAAAUCUUAAGAAAGAAAGACACGCUCUCUGCUUAUUUGAGGACUUCCAGCAUUCCCAUUCUCUUUGCCUUAAAAGGACAUUUUUCAAAAAGUGGACCCUAAAAAACAACUUGAAGCAUUAUCAGGGACGAUGGUACACGUUUUAACUUUAGCGAUCAGAAGGAUUUGAAGUGAUCUCUAAUUUCCCCUUUAAUGUUUAUUUCCCUCUUGAGAGUAAGUAGACGUUACUCGCAGCUUUGGACGGCAUAAAAGAGCAGUUAAGAUUCUUGUAAAUACAGAUGAUAAAGAAAUAUAGACAAAUAUACUAUCUGUUCUUGUUCUAAUAGAGUAGUGGACCUUUUUGCUGUCUUCAUCUCGGUUUGCUGUUUAGAGUAGGGUGUUUUAGCUACCAUGGAUCUCUUUUUUUUUUUUUUUUUUCGUUUCUUUUUUUAAAGAGAGCUAUGAUUAAAGUAUGCUAGAUAAAAUGUCUGCUUGGUGUUUGCACUGUGUGGUGAUUGGAAAAAUAAGAUAAUGUCUUGAAUCUCGUUUAGUGAAGAUGUUUGAAAGAAAGAAAUCACACUGCAAAAAAAAAUUUUCUUACUUAAAUUAUAAUCUCUUACUUUUUGUCUUGUUUCUAGUCCAAAUGUCUAAAAAUUCUUAAAUCAAGCAAAAUAUAUUGUCUUGUUUUAGGAAAUAAUGUGUCAAUAUUAAGUAAUUUUUUUCUUAAAACAAGCAAAAUAAUCUGCCAAUGGUGUAAGAAAAAUAAUCUUGUUUUUCCUUUUGACAUAUGAAUUUUGCUUACUCCGUUGGCAGUUUAUUUUGCUUGUUUUAAGGAAAAACUCACCUAAUUUUGACACAUUAUUUCUGAAAACAAGACAUUGUUUUGCUUGCCUAGAAAUGCUUUUUGAUUUAAGAAUUUUUAGAUAUUUGGACUAAAAAAAGACAAAAAAAGUAAGAAAAGCAUUUUUUGCGUGUGGAGAAUAUCUUUGAUGGAAAUCAGUUAACUAUCGUUUUCUUUGUUUCAAAUCAAGUUUAUUUCUAUAAAUAAAUGUUUUUAUUUAUUUGUUUUAUUUUAUUGUAGUCUGCUGGGAUCACUGGCUUUUAUUUUUAUUACUGGUCGGAACCAUUUAUUCCAUUUCUUUCCUCCAAAACAUUUUACUUUUUUAUUCUGGCAUCACUGACUAUCACACUAAUAUUGAUUAGAAUUCUAAUAUUUUUUAAGAUCCCUUUUAUUCCACUAUGUGCAACUACAAAAUUAUUUUCCUUUGCUUUUGUUCCCCUCCAAAAUCAAUUUUUUGAAAAUAUUUUUUUACUUUUCUACUAACAUUACAAGCUAUCACACUAUUAUCGAUCAGAAAUAAUAGUGACUUUUUUUUUAAAUGGUCUGAAAAGUUUCUAAUCGACUGUGUGCAACUAGAAACUCUCCAAUUUCAAUGUAAUAUUUCUCCAGAAAUAAUGUUUUUAUUAUUAUUAUUUUGUAUUAUUUUCUACUUGCUAUCAAUUGAACCAUUAUAUUUAGUUUUAGGGUGAACUCAAAGGUUAUUUUCGAGAUUUAUCAAAACCAUAAAUGAAUCGAAUAUAUAAAAUAUUCAAUGUUAAAAACAUGAUGUCUCAACCAUAUCUGGACCUGUUUGCUGUGGUUAACAUUCAUCACGUGACAAGUUUUCAAAACGACUAAUUACAGAGAGAUGGGACUGUUGUAUGUUUGUGUAUAUUGUGCAAUUGAUUCCUGAAUAAGCGGUUUAAGAGUUUUUAUUUUGCCUAUUUCACGUUCUUUCGUUGUACAUAGUUGAUUUCAGAAUCGGUUUGAUUUGUGUUGUACGACAGUUGUCUCUGCAACCAAAGUGUUUUAUUGUGUUGUAUGCACAUCGUGCUUGCUUUUUCGUUACGUUGUUGAUGAUGUUCGCGAACACCGAAAAUUUGAAAUGUAUCUUCAGAGCUUUUGUGCGUGCGUGUGUGUGUGUUUUGCUUCUGUGUUACAUAGACCUGAAUGCUCAGUGCGUUGUUUACAGUAGCUUUUUCUGCAAAUGUUGCUUAAUAAGAGCUGAAAAACUAAGGACCCAGAAUGUUUUACUCUGCAAUAUUCAGCCAGGUCUAUGUGAACUAAGGAGAGAUGUCUGUGAACUUUGCCUUAUCACACUUCAUUCGACACUCGACUGCAUGAUUGCUCUGUAAUGUGUCACAUGGCUUCUCCGCACAUCAUCUCACAAAGACGAGGCAUGGUAGUUUUUCACUUCUCGGUUCUUGACAGAUGGGAUCACUUUCUGCUAGGAAAUGCCAUUCAUGAAAUAAUGGUUCGCUUUUUUUGUUGUUCAUGCUCGCUGCAUCAUCUCUUAUUGGACACGCAGGACUUUCUUGACUCUCAGGAUUUAUCAUCUGAUGUCAGGGAUGAAAUGUUCAAAGAGCUCAUGUUUCCCGCUGCAGCGUUGUCCGUGGAUGUGGCAUUCUUCUAUUUGUUUGUUUGUUUUCGUUGUCUUUUAUUCUUGCUUUCGUGCUGUGGGUUACUGACAGAAUAUGAAUAAAUAUCAUUGAUUUUGCAAUAUGA